CGCGCCACUUCCGGCGCUCUAGUCCGUGCUUGGGUGGACUGUGUGGCAGUUAGGUGGGCCGUGCCAUGCAGCCUCGGGCUCCUCCGCUGCCAAGCGUGGGCGAGCUCUCGGCUCGCGGGGCACUGGCGCGGCGCUCUGACUAUAGCUGUGUCAGUGUGUUAUGAUGCCUUCUCGUACUAACCUGGCUACUGGAAUCCCCAGCAGUAAAGUGAAAUACUCAAGGCUUUCCAGCACAGACGAUGGCUACAUUGACCUUCAGUUUAAGAAAAGCCCUCCUAAGAUUCCUUAUAAGGCCAUUGCACUUGCCACUGUGCUAUUUUUGAUUGGCGCCUUUCUCAUCAUCAUAGGCUCUCUCCUGCUGUCGGGCUACAUCAGCAAAGGGGGGGCAGACCGAGCUGUUCCAGUCCUGAUCAUUGGCAUUCUGGUGUUCCUUCCUGGAUUUUACCACCUGCGCAUUGCCUACUAUGCAUCCAAAGGCUACCGGGGUUACUCCUAUGAUGACAUUCCAGACUUUGAUGACUAGCACCCACCCCAGCCCUGAGGAGAGAAGUCACAAUGGACUACACCUAGCUUUGAGAUACUGAGCAAAAAGUGUGGCUAAGGGCUAAGGAAUUCUACAGUUUGCAAUGUUUAACAAAACAAUGGCCAGAUUAUGGGUCCAUCCCCAAGAUGUUAACUGAGUUUACAAUUAGCUAAUUAGGACAUGCUCUGUUUUUCAGCUCCUGGCCCUGGCAAAGCUCCUGACAAGUUUUUCUGCUGGAAUAUGUAUCAUGGAACAAUAGCAAUGUUAAUUGUCUGGGAAAACAGGAGGUUAUUCUGUAGUGGAAAGUGUUACUGCCACCACCCUCUUUAGAAUUGAGUGUUUCUGUUAAAUGGUCUUCAUUGUCAAUUUGUUCUUGUAGCAUAUGGAAGAAUGCAGGAUGUCUAAUUUCUUAUUACUAAGUAAUUUAUUUUUAAAAUAUCUAAGUAUCUUAUCCCCUAUACUUACUUCUACAUUCACAUUCUAGUGGAAGACCUUGGUAAAAUCAAAUAUCAGUGUGGGUAUAUCUGUAAUAUAUUUUACUCUCUUAUUGACAGCAACCAGGAAUUUUUUAAACUGCAGAGCAACUUUUCAAAAUGUGAACACUUUCUCUGUUUACCAAUCCUUGGCCAGCUCUGAGCUAUAUCACCAAUAGGUUGAACGGCAUAUAAUAUGGGUCAUUCUGUCCUUUGUAGAUCAAGAUGUUCUGUAUAUCAUGCCUUUAAGGAUGGACUUUUGGCUGUUUCCUAAUGAAAAAUGUAGAUAAGGGUGGUUAUUUAGAGUUUAUAACCCUAUUGCCAGCACCUUGUAUUAUGUUGUCAUUCUGCUAAAGAUCACAAGUCUGGUUUGAUCCCUAGAGACUAGACUGCCUUAGGCUGAUUCUGUUUCCUAGCUUGCAAAAAAGUGACUUGUACUCAAAUUAAAAUGUUGAAAUCCAAAUCCUAAACUUAAAAUGAGUUAACUUUAAACAUUUCCAAAAACAUUUCAGUGAUCUUAUGGUAUCUUAAAUCCUAGUACCCAGAAUUACCUUUGUUUUCAGGUUACUUGCCCUGUGGGUUAGACUCUUCUUUCUAGUCAUUCUUUUGCUAUGAGGUUGUGGACUUGGGCAGCUAGAAGCUGGACGUGUCAUCAGCUGCGAUUUGGAAGCUGUGGGUCGAGCAAGUCUUCAAGUGAAGAUGAGUUUUGCAUGUGUUAAAUUUUAGGUGUCUACUUGAUAUCCAGGUGGAGCUGUUGAGGUAGUUACAGUGCACAUUUGUGUCUAGAGUGCAGGAGGGGUUCUAGACUGGAGAUAGAAAUCUGGGAGUUAGUGUUUGGACAAUGUCUUGGGAGCCACAGGGGUAGAUGAGAGCACCAUGGAGUAAGUGCACAUGGAGGAAAAAAGAGGACUCGGCAAACGAGGGACAAAGAGAAGGUGUCCUAAAGCAACUUCUAAGAUUAGGCACAUUUAGUAAUGGGAGGGUAGGCUGGGGUCCAGUAUUCUAGGAUUCUUGGGCCUUGACAGUGAAGAUGUGAGAUGAUAUAUAAAGCUUUAUCUUGGGCAGUGUUUGCAAAACAAAGCCCAGACCAGGAUGUUUCUGCCAAACUAAAUCAUUUGGUCCUUAUAAAGGUAAUGCUGCUGGUCAAAAAAAAUCAAAGUGGAACAGAAGGGUAUAAAUGAGAAGUAAAAUUUGAGGGGGUGGGGAGUGAACAUUUUCUCCCCCAGCUCACCUCCCAAGGUUAUCCAAAGUUUCUUGUAUAUCCUUCCUAAAAUGCUCU